GACAGUGUUCGGGGGCCCCCAGUGCACUUUUUCAUCAUCUUCUCCUUCCCCCCUCUUCUUUUUUCUAUUUCUUCCUUUUUACACUUCAAUAUACACUCAUUUGUGUUGUACGGUCCCAAUGGGUACAUGCCAUUCACCGGGUCAACUUUUCCACUCCUGGAUACAUGUCCUGGACGGGUUUAGCCGUGAGUCACCAGCAGGAAGUUAUUGGUCAGGGACUUGCAAAAUUUGACAGAUUUGCUGGAUGUAAAGUGAAGUUGAAGUUGUGAAGUGUUGAAGGAGAGAGUUGAAGGAAUGAGUUGUCAAUGGAUUUUGCAGACAAAUUUCAAUGUUCGGUUGAAGUUUUGGUGACGUAUGAAGAGCGAAGAGUCGAAUGAAGUUGAAGUAUUGAUGAAGUUGGGGGCGUAAGGUCUCAGUCCGUUCGAGUCUUCAUUCAGAACUUCCUUGUGAAGCACAGGGGUAAUCAUUCAAUUAAUGUUAAACUAAUGUUGAAAUGAAGUUGAAGUGAAGUUGAAGUAUAGCUGAAGUGGGGUAAAUAAGGUGUCAAGUCGUUCGAGUCUUCGUUCACAAUUUUCUUGCGAAGUACAGAAGUAACUAUUCAAUUAAUGUCAAACUGAAGUUGUAAUGAAUUUAUCAUGAAGUUGAAGUAUUGGCGAAGUAGGAUCAAUAAGGUCUCAAUACGUUCGUCUUCAUUCGUGACAUUUUGGUGAAGUACGCGAGUUGUAACUCAAUUCAUGCGAUGUUGAAGUUGAAGUAAGCGUGGAGUAAUCGUAAAGAAGUUUCAACGUGAAAUUGAUACUGAUCUGAAGUUGAAGUUCAUUUGUGAAGUUUUCAAUGAAAACCAGAAAACUUUAUCAAUUGAUCUAGUUUUGAUGAAUUUUAAUCUGUAAAUUUAAUUCUGUUGAAUGAAAAAAUUGAUGAAGUAGUGGAAAAAAUAACUCGGUCAUCACUGAUUAUGAAAAUCAUCUACUGAUGAAGUUGCAAAAGAAGUCAAAUCAGAGAGACAAGAUAAUCCUAUAAAUCCUGGACGCACGAGAGGAAACAGAGUGGGGGAUACUCCCGUGGCUGGAGACUGAGAAUUGUUUUACAUAUUCAACAAUAGAGCUAUCAGAUGUUAUCACGUGCUUGUGGGGAUAAGUCUAUAAAUUCAUGCUGAAGUGAUGAUACAUUAACUUGAUGGCAAUACAAUCACUAAUUACUGGUUGAAUUUAAUUAUACUGAGAAUUGAGAGAAAGUUGCAACCAUGGGAAUGCGUUACAGACCCUUCACUUGAUGUUUUAUACUUCUAAUAUCAUGACAUCAAUGUCGAAAACUUCAAAAAGUGAUGAAGUUUGAUAGUAUCCGCCUGUCCAACAUUAUAUCAUAUAGACUUCAUCUUCGACUUCACGUGUGAUCUAAAACCAAAAUUCUGUGAUAAUUCUUCCAAAGGAAAUGACUUUAUGUAGAAGACAAGGUAGUGUUCUGAUGAUGUCAUUUGAAGACAAAGUAGAGGACAAUCACCAUAAAUGAACUUCAAUUGACUUCAUGGUGAUGACAGAGGAGAUCAAAAUUGUGAAAAUCAUCGCUUGAAAUUGGCGAAAUCAUCACUUUAAAAGCGUUGUGAACCUUUACAAAAAUAGUCUUGGCACCAUGAAAGUGAGAAGUUAUCCUGGAAGAGCAGUUCUGGAGGAUCCGGAGCUAAUCCUGGACCCAGACGUCACCAGAGGACGGGCCAUGGAGCUGCUGUAUGAAGCCAGCUGGCGAGAAUGCAGCAUGAAUUGGACGUCAGAAUCGAGAAAUGAUAAGUUAAACAGAUCCAAGGAUGACCCUGAUGAUGAUUAUCGCAGGCCUUACGCCGACGUCAUCACCCAGUUAGAGAACGUUCUCGAUGGGUCAUCGAGCCCUCGUGAUAAUAGGUCACAGAGGUCUAGUAGUGAAGCUACCACUGAUAGCGAUUGCUCGGAUUUGGGACAGAGUGAUUAUCAGAGUGUUAAGCAUCAAAAUGGGGGAUUUGUCAUUCCUAGACCCAGACUGAUUGUUCCUGUGCACACUUACGCCAGGAGAAGACGCACCGGGGCGACGACUGUUAAGAGACGACAGAAUAGAGAAGAGGGAAAAGUGGAGGUCUCGAGAGAUGGAAAAUACCUGAGUACCCUGGCACCCGGCAAGGUCCUGGGUGAAUUGGCAAUACUCUAUAAUUGCAAGAGAACAGCGACAAUUACAGCAGCCACUGAUUGUCGAUUAUGGGGAAUCGACAGAUCGAGUUUCCAGACGAUUAUGAUGAGAACUGGCCUAUCCAAGCAGGCUGAAUACACCGAUUUCCUUAAAAGCGUUCCAAUAUUCAAAAAUCUGCCCGAAGAAACAUUGAUCAAGAUCUCAGACGUGCUAGAAGAGACAUUCUACAACAAUGGUGAUUAUAUAAUUCGUCAAGGCGCUAGAGGAGACACUUUCUUCAUAAUUAGCCGAGGUCAGGUGCGUGUUACAAUGAAACAGCCGGAUAAUACUGAGGAGAAGUACAUCAGAACGUUGAACAAAGGUGAUUUCUUCGGGGAAAAGGCACUUCAAGGGGACGAUCUGAGGACUGCCAAUAUUGUUGCUGACGAUCCAGACGGUGUCAAUUGCCUCGUAAUCGACAGAGAGACCUUCAACCAACUGAUAUCCUCCCUAGAUGAAAUCAGAACGAGGUACAAGGACGAGCUAGUCGAGCGCAGAAGACUCAACGAAGAAUUCCGAGAGCUCCGGCUGCAGGACCUGCGUCCCCUGGCAACGCUAGGAGUCGGUGGUUUCGGUCGCGUUGAACUCGUUCAGAUAGCAGGCGACAACAGUCGAUCAUUUGCCCUGAAGCAGAUGAAGAAAGCGCAAAUAGUUGAGACACGUCAGCAGCAGCACAUAAUGUCAGAGAAGAGAAUAAUGGGUGAGGCUGACUGUGACUUCGUGGUGAAACUCUUCAAGACAUUCAAGGAUAGAAAGUACUUGUAUAUGCUGAUGGAGGCAUGCCUGGGAGGUGAAUUGUGGACAGUGCUGAGGGACAAGGGGCACUUUGACGACUCCACAACGAGGUUCUAUACGGCUUGUGUAGUUGAGGCAUUCGAUUAUCUGCACUCGAGGAACAUCAUCUACAGGGAUCUCAAGCCUGAGAAUUUAUUACUAGAUAGCCAAGGAUAUGUCAAAUUAGUGGACUUUGGAUUUGCCAAGCGUCUGGAUAAUGGCAGGAAGACGUGGACAUUCUGUGGAACCCCGGAAUACGUAGCUCCAGAGGUGAUAUUGAACAGAGGACACGACAUAAGUGCGGAUUAUUGGUCCCUUGGUGUUCUGAUGUUCGAGUUGUUGACGGGAACGCCACCGUUUACUGGGGCCGAUCCCAUGAAGACUUAUAACAUCAUUCUAAAGGGGAUCGAUGCCAUCGAGUUCCCCAGGACCAUCACGAGAAAUGCCACGGCGUUGAUCAAGAAACUCUGCAGGGACAAUCCCGCCGAGAGGCUGGGGUAUCAGAAGGGUGGGAUCAGCGAAAUUCAGAAGCACAAGUGGUUUGAUGGAUUCAACUGGGAGGGCCUGAGGGCGAGAACUCUGGAGCCUCCAAUAAUGCCGAGGGUUCAACAUCCCACAGACACAGCCAAUUUCGACGAAUAUCCACCUGAUGCUGAACCUCCACCGCCAGACGACAUCUCAGGAUGGGACGCUGAUUUCUAAUAAUUUAGCAUUGAUCGAUUGAAUUUUUUUUCUGCCCUAUUUGGUCAGAAAAAAAAUUUUAAUCGAUUGGCAAUAAUUGAAUGACGAUCGCAUCGAAAUUUAUUAACUAAUAAUUUAUCGGUCAAUCCCAAUUAAAUCGCAUCCUUCGAAUGAUAAAUUCAAAUUUUUAGGUGAAAAUAUUGAAAUUCGAUCGUUUUUUUUGGGAAGAAAAAAUCGAAAAAUCAAGGAAAUCGAAGGGUUUUGGAUGUGAGGAUGAGGUGAUUGAUGAAUGAGUGACGAGUCAAUUGUAGAUUCUGUGGUUACCAAAUGAAGAAACUCAUUAAAAUGCGUGACGAAUUGUGUAAUUGGAGAUUUAGCUCAGUGGUGAAAGGAGAUGAUUUCUGGGGGGAUUUUUCUAUAGACAUUUUUUGUGGAGAAUUUCAUGCUCUUCACAAAGUAUUUUAUGACAUUGGCUCGUGGGGUAAUUAAUUGUCGAGAUAUUUGCGAAAUUAACAGAGAGGUUGUGGAUUUUUUUGAAACUGAAAUUUCUUCGUUGAUGUAAUUACGCAAUUACCUCGGUAAUUAUCGAGGGUACGAAAAAAUGUCUUGUAUAUUUUUUGUGAGAAAUUUCACGCUCUAAAAAAAAGUCCUCAGGCAUUUUUCUCUAAACCCUAUAGUUUCCAAAAUAUCCGUAAAAAUUCUUGAUUCCAUUUUGGAAAUUCUCUCUCACGACUCAGCUAAUGAUUUUAACUGAAAAAAAUACGUUAUUUGUCUUUUUUAAUUAGAAAGGCCUGUGAUAGUGAUUGUUAGGCCGAUGGGGACGAAUGCCUGUGCAUAAGACACUAAAUUAAUAGAAAUUCGUGAUGAUAAAUUAAAAUUGAAAAGAAUUAGGAAAAUUUUAAAUAACAAAAUGGUAAUUAUUGUCGAAGCUUAAUUAAUUUAAUCGAAAAUUCGUGCUUCCUCCGAGGCUGCCAGUGCCACGUGCCAUGAAUGAAUCUUUAGAUGAUUUUCCUGUAGUUUUGAUCAUAACGAAAUUUAAUUUCAACUUUUAGUCGACGAAUUUAAUGAAAGAAAAAUGGAAAUUAACGAAAAAAAAUGUUAUUGAGACGAUCUUGCCACGGACACGUAGUGAAUGAUCAGGAAAAUAUUUUUGAACAAUUUUUAAUCGGUUAUUGAAAGUGAUGAAUGACGAUAAAUCAGUGGUGGAGUAAAUGUCCAUAAUUUGUUGUUUAUUCGUUUUUAAUAGAGUUUAUUACAGGAUUUAUUAUAUCAAAUAUAUUUUUCAUGAUUUUCGAGAGAUAAUUUAGGGUAAGUCGUGUAAAUAAGUCGAUAGGUUAAUUAUAUAUUGAGUAAUGAUUGAUUAAUUGAUGAUGAAUAAAGUUUUAUUGACGAGAAAAAUGA